AAACGCACUUCUUGAAUGUGCUUGAGGAAAUGGAUUUAGACGACGCAGAGCGCUACAGCGCGUGCUCGCUAUUUACCUUGGCGCUACACACAGUCCAGGUUGAAGCUGGGGUAGAUGAGCUCGGCAACAGGCUGCGUGAAAACAAAGCCGCAUGGGGCUGCCCUGAUGAGGAGCUGUUUGACGACCUCAUCUGUGUGCCUGAGGCCGAGUACUGGCCGGGCAUGCAGGUGCCGCCGGGCUUCUGGGGCUUCGACUGCUGCGCGCCCACGGGGCUGUGCCGGCGUGUGUAUGCGGGCAUGGGCGUGUCGGCAGCCCGGUGGCCGGGCCUGCUGAAGAUGCCUGACGUGUCCCACGCGCCCAGCCCACACGAGGCGCAGGUGUCGUUAGUGGGGCUGGUGCGCAGGUACUGCGCCCUGCUGGACCCGGCGGCGGCGCCCCUCAUCACCCGGGCCGUUGCGGUGGAGUGGCCCGAGCCCAGUGGCGGCAGCAGCAGCGGCGGUGGCAGUGGCGCGGCGGCAGUAGCAGCAGCAGGAGGUGCGGGUGGGGAUAGCGGGGCGGCGGGGGAUGCGGCUGGCGGCGGCGGCAAGGCCGCAGUGGCGGUGGUUGCUGUGGCGGAGCCGCAGGCCGGAGCAGAGGAGGCUGCUACAGCUGCUGCAGCGACAGCUACUGAUGUGGCUGCCACAGCUGCUGCAGCGACAGCUACUGAUGGGGCUGGGGCUGGGGCUGGGGCUGGGGCAGGGGCCGGGCCGGGCUCCUCGGCUGCGGCCAGUGGCGGCGCUGCCGCUGCCCCGGAGGGCCCCGGGGGGCGUGGCAGUGCGGAGGGGCGGGGCAGCGGGGGCGGGAAGCAGGCGGCCGACAGCAACAGGGGCGGCGGAAAGGGCAAGCAGGAGAAGGAGGCGAAAGGCCGGGACAAGGGCCGGGGGAGGCGGCAGGAAGGCACGGGGAAGAAAGGAGGAGGCGGCGACGGCGGCGGCGCACAGGCGGCGGCUGUAGCCAACCCGGAGGCGGCGGCGACCCCUGAGGCGGCGGCGGCUGCCAGUGCGGAGGCGGCGGCGGAGGCGGUACCAUCGUCUCCCAUGCCCUCUGUGGCCCCCGCAGCCGCCACGGCUGCCGCAGAAGCCGGGCCUGCCGCCAGCACCAGCACCAGCACCGCCUUCGCAGCUGCCGAUGCCGCCGGCGUGGCUGGGUCCUGUGCGAGUGCCGCGCUCGUGCCGCCGCCGUCCCUCCGCCACGACCCCACCCACCAGUCCAUCAUGGCACUGUACGAACUCAUUGGCGCCUGCCUGCGAGCCGCCGCCGCCGAUGCCGCCGCCGCCGCCGAUGCCGGCGACGACGGCGGCGGCGACGGCGACGAUGUGGCGGCGGCGGCGGCGCGGCGGCGGUCGGAUGGCGCUGGGAAUGGGGCUGGGCCGUCGGGCGGCGGCGGCGGCGGGGCGUCGACGUCAGGGGCAGCGGCAGCGGCUGGCGGCAGCAGCAGCGGCGGCGGCGGCGGUUUCUUCAGUCGGUGGCGGUCGCAGAAGGCGGCUGGCACCGCGAACGGUGGCGGUGGCGGCGGCGGCGGCGGUGCGGGGUCGUCGUCAUCGGCGGCGGCGCUGCCCGGGGCGGGGGCGGGGGCGGCGGGCAGCGCGCCGGUGCGGGUGGUGCGGCGGCCGCUGCUGCGAUGGUACGACGCUCGUGCCCGUGUGGCCCUGCGGCGCUUCUGCCACUGGCUACACAUACCCGCGGCCAAAAUGCAUGCCAUGGAGCAGAUGUGGGCGCUGCAGCUGUUGGACUUGCAGGGGCGGGCGGAGGGCGCGGAGGGCGGCUUCGACCUGCGCGGGCACGUGCAGGCCACUGCGGGCGGCACUCGGCGCUACCUGACUUACCUCAAGAUCAGCGCCGGUGCACUGGGCGGCGCCGCACUGCUGGCCAUCACAGGCGGCCUGGCUGCCCCCGCCAUCGCGGCCGGGCUGGGUACCGCCAUCACGGUGCUGCACGGGGGCGCCGCCGCCGCCGCCACCGUGUCCACACUGGGCGCCACAACCGCCGGCACCGCCGCCAUCGGCGGCACCUUUGGCGUCAUCGGCGCUCACCAGGCCGGCGUCAAGACAGCCGACUUCUACGGUGACCUCAAGGAGUUUGGCUUCCUCAGCAUUUCAACGCCCGAGCUGCUGCCGCCGCCGCCAAGCGCCGAUGAAAAUGACGACAACGACAACUAUGAUAAUGCUGCCGACGGAGGCGAGGAGGGCGAUGGAGGCGCUGCAGGCGCUGCAGGGGCCGGCAGCCAAGGCGCUGGCGGCAAGGGCAGCGGCAGCAGCAGCCGUGGGAGCAGCGGCGCCGCAGACGCCUCGGCGUCAGGAGCUGCGAUGGCAGUAGCAGGAAGGGCGGCGGUGGUGGCGGCGGUGGCAGUAGCAGGCGGGCCGUCCGCGAGGAGCGGCAAGCCGCCGCUGCCGCCACCCAGCGCCGCCGGUGCCGACGACGGAAGCAGUGCGGGUGCGAGUUCGGGUGCGGGUGCAGGUGCUGAGGGCGCUAGUGGCGGCGGCGGCGGCGAUGGCAAGGACGGCGGUGGUGGCAGUGGUGGCGGCGGCGGCGGCAAGGGCAUGUCGUUCUUCCGGUGGCGCUCCCGCGGCUCUUCGCGGGAGACGUCGGCAAAGGACCUGGAAGGCCGGGCGGCAGAGGCGACAACGACGACGGCUGUAGCAGAGCCGGCGACAACGGCUGCAGCAGCUGCACCUGACGGCGGCGCCAGCAGCAGCACCAGCGGCGCAGCGGCGGCGGCGGCGGCGGCGGUGGCGACAGCGGCGGCGAUGGAGAGCGGGUCCUCCGGGUCACGGCAGCCGCGGUCGCCGCAGUGCGCCGCACAGGAGGGGGAUCCGGCCAUGGCGGCGGCGGGGCUGUUCGUGCCGGGCUGCCUGGGGGCGGCGGCCGGAGCCGGAGCGGCGGGCACAGCCGCCGCCGCCGCCGCCGCCGCUGAUGACGAGGACGAGGACCCCUACAGCCUCACUGCGCUCUUCCGCCGCGCGCCCGCAACGCCCUUCCCGCCGGCGGAGCCCGAGCCGCAGCCGCAGCCGCAGCCGCCAGUGGCGACGUCCGAAGCUGCGGCAGCGGCUACCGGGUCCGGCGCCGCCGCCUCCACGUCCACGUCGGCCACGGCCACCGCUCCCGGCACCACUGCUGCCGGCGCCGCUGCAGGCGUAGGAGCAGGAGCAGGCGGCGGUGGGGGCGCCGGUCCGAGCUCCAGCACCGCUGCAGCCGCCGCUGCCGGCAGUGGCGCCGGCGGCGCCAGUGGCGGCGGCAUCCGCAGCUUUCAGAUAGAUGAGGACGCGGAGUCGGUGUACGAGUGUGACGUGUAUCAGGAUGAUGGCAUGGAUGACCCCUGGGACGCGGAGGACAGCGAUGCUGACCUGGCGGCGGCGGCUGGCGGCGGCGGCGGCGGCGGGCGCGGCGCCUACAUGGAUGCGCUGCUGGCAGAGCUGAAGGAAGAGGAGGCGGACCUGGACGGCGGCGUGGCGGCGGCGGCGGCGGCGGCGGCUGGCGGCGGCGGCGCCGCCGGCGGCGCGGGGCCGGCGGCGGCGGUGGCGGCGCCGCCGCCGGCAUCUACCUCGUCCAACUGGACCUCUUGGUUCCGGGGCAGUGACAGCAGCGGCGCCAGCGGCAGCGCGGCGGCGGCGGCGGCAGCAGGGGCUAAGAAGGGUGAUAAGCAAGCGGCAGCGGCGGCGGCGAAGGACAAGAGCGGCAGUGGCAGCGGCAGCGGGCGGGCGGCGGCGGCGCGCAAGGCCGCGCCGCGGCCGCUGCUGCGAGUGCCGGUCAACCCGCGCCGCAGCGGUGACGCCACACUGGCUCUGACCAUCGCCGUGAACGGCUGGAUCAAGCAGUCGGACGACUUCACCUUCCCCUGGCGCCGCCUGCCCAGCAGCGGGCGCGAGCUGUGGGGCCUGGUGUGGGAGGGAGACGUGCUGCAGUCUCUGGGUGGCGCGCUGCGUAAGUUCAUCCGGGACAAGGCGCUGGAGGAGAGCGGCAAGAUGGUGGUGCGGCUCAGCGUGUCAACAGCGCUCAUCACCGCAUUGAUGCUGCCCAUGGCCGUCAUGUCCGCAAUCAACAUCACCAUCGGCAGCCGCUGGCGCGUUGCGCUGCGGCGUGCGCAGCUGGCGGGUCGCUGCCUGGCACACCUGCUCAUGCAGGGAGCGCACGGCGACCGGCCUGUCACUCUGAUCGGCUUCUCCAUGGGCGCGCGCCUCAUCUUCCACUGCCUUCUGGAGCUGUCGCGAUGCGGCGCCCGCGGCCUGGUGGAGGCGGCGGUGCUGCUGGGCACACCCGUGUCGGCCAAUGAGGCGCGAUGGACACAGGCGCGUGUGGCUGUGUCUGGGCGCUUCGUGAACGCCUACAGCUCCAACGACUGGGUACUGGGGGUCAUAUUCCGGGCCCACUCCAGGAACAGCGUGGUGCAGCGAGCGGCGGGGCUGGGGCCCGUGCCCGUGCCGGGCAUUGAGAACAUCAACCUGUCCUCGCUGAUCGCGGGCCACACACAGUACCUGGAGAAGCUGGAGGACGUCCUGUCCGCACUCAACCUGGCCGAGCACUGAAAGCUCCUCGAAGCCGUGAGCGGCGUGUGUGGAGGAGCACUGACAGCCGAAGCCGUGAGCAGCAUGUGCGGAGGAGCGUUGAAGCCGUGAGCGGCGUGUGUGGAGGAGCGCUGAAGCCGGGAACGGCGUGUCCGGCGGAGCAAUUACACUUGGAGCGGUGUUGACUGAUGGGGGCAGGGUGAAUGACGAGAGUUUGACUGGUGAGCGGUCAUUGGGUGUUGGUUGGGCGCGUGGGGCCUGGGUUGUGUGCCGUGUGGCGCGCGUUGUCGCCUGGGGUGCGCUCCAGGUGUAGGGGUGGCGUGUGGAGGGAGCGGUGCAGCAGGAUUCCGUUCCGUACCCGAUAACAUGGGUUGCUGUAGAGGAAGGGAGGGCAACGGGGAUGUACAACAGGCGAUUACUUGGUAUCCAAGGCGCGAAUGGCGCUAUAUGCGAGAGGGCUGGGGCGAGGGACGUGUGGGUGGUGGCUGUGGACCGACGAGGGGCCGUGGCGUGAGGAGGGAUGCUGGUUUGGCGCCGCCACCCGCCCACGGACCUGGCCAGCGCAAACCCCUCGCGCGGUUCUGAGGAUAACUGAACGCAUGCGUGUGUCGGGCGUGGGGGCGUUGGAGCCGAGAACUGACGGAGUGGAUGGCGAUGCAGGAGGGGGGGAGGACAUACGUGUAGGUAAGGGGGUGUGCAGGCCAGGCAGGCAGGUCGUCUUGAUCCGUGUGGGGGCCAGGGCAUGACAUGCCUAGCUACUUCGCCUAGCUACAUGGCGAGGGGCUGGGGGGCACAAGACAAAGGGGCUGAGGGGCACAAGACGAGACAAAGAGGUGCAACACGACAUGACGCCACAUACAGUAGCAGCGCAGCAGCGAGGGGCGAUGUGACAGGGCAAAGGAUUGAGUCCCAGGAAUCAAAAUU